UACACUUAUUGCUACUAGGGCUAAUAGAUCACCUCAUCAAUGGCCUCCAAACCUUGUUCCUCUGCCUUUGCUCUUUUCCUGCUCCUCAGUCCUCUCUUCUUUUCCAUAGUCUCUGGUCAAGAUUGCUCAAAGCCAAUGCCCAACCCGAGGCCCAUCCCCAAUCCAAUGCCCAGCCCGAGACCUAUCCCUAGUCCAAUGCCCAGGCCUAGACCAAUCCCCAAUCCAAUGCCUAGCCCGAGACCUAUGAUCAGCCCCUCACCUGGAACUGGUCCAUCACCGGCACCUGGAAAUGGAACAGGCACGUGUCCUAUAGACGCAUUAAAACUAGGGGUAUGCGCCAAUGUGCUGAAUUUAGUGAACGUGACAAUUGGUCAGCCGCCGGUGACCCCAUGCUGCUCUCUCAUCCAAGGGCUCGUCGACCUUGACGCCGCCGUCUGCCUUUGCACUGCCCUGCGAGCUAACAUUCUGGGCAUCAACCUCAACCUUCCGAUCUCUCUCAACUUGAUUCUCAACCGUUGCUCUAAGCAAGUCCCUCGUGGCUACCAAUGUAUUGCUUGAUGAUCCAGUCAGCUAUAUAUGUGUCUACCAUCUUUCAUAUGUUAUCGUGUUGUUAUUCCACAUGUUUCGACUGCUACAAAUUAAAUCCUAUUAUCAUGUGGGUGUGCUUUAUUAUGUGGACUAUGUAAUCAAUAAUAAUAAUAAUAUUUAUGAAUAAUAAUAUGAAUGUUUGCGACUC